GCUAACGACUUCGUAAUAGAAGGACAUAUUCAUUUAUGCUUUCUUGGACAAUUUGAUCAAACCUUCAAUCGAUUUUUUGCCAAGAUCAUUAGCCAGACAAACCUUUCGCGUUCUCGUGUCUCUGGAACGCCCUCAGAAUGAAAGCCGGACCGUCGAGAACCAACAGGCCAGAUAACACGGCGUUUACGCAGCAGCGGCUCCCUGCCUGGCAGCCUAUUCUGUCCGCUGGUAUCGUCAUCCCCGGGUUCACGCUCAUCGGACUGGCCUUCAUCGGCGUCGGGGUCGCACUUUUCGUGACUUCGCAGAAGAUCACAGACCUGGAGAUUGACUACACAGGUGUUGCAGCAACCUCACCGUGCUUCAAGUGCACCAGUUUUGCUGCAGAGAAUUGCAUGUGUCAAAUGGAAUUCACCUUAACGACCCUGUUUGAGGGGCCUGUUUUCUUCUAUUAUGGCCUCACCAGUUAUUAUCAGAACUUCAGAACCUAUGGUGUCUCUAAAGAUGGUUACCAGCUGUCAGGAGAUACCUACUACUUCAAUAAUCCUCAAGAUAGCUGCGCGCCUUACCAGUAUGAUUCUAACAAUAACCCAAUCGUGCCCUGUGGAUCCAUAGCCAACAGCAUGUUCAGUGAUACUUUCCAGCUGUAUCAGGUCGUUAAUGGCAUGAAGAAGCAGGUUCCUUUGGAUGGGAAAGGAAUCGCGUGGUGGACUGACUACAACAUCAAAUACAGCAAUCCUGCACUUGUCAAUGGCUCCUUUGCCAACGCCUUCAGCGGUACCGUGAAACCUGUAAACUGGUCCAAGCCAGUAUACGAGCUGGACCCCACCGACCAGGCCAAUAACGGUUUCCUGAACCAGAACUUCCUGGUAUGGAUGAGGCAGGCAGCCCUGCCUAAAUUCCAGAAGCUGUACGGACGAAUCGCAGAGGGGGAUUAUGCCCAAGGACUUCCUGCCGGCAACUAUACGCUGUUGAUCAACUACAGCUACCCAGUGAUUAGCUUUGGGGGCACUAAAAAGGUGGUGUUGAGCAAUGUCUCCUGGAUGGGGGGCAAGAACCAGUUCCUGGGCAUCGCCUACCUGGUUAUUGGCUCUCUCUGCAUCGUCAUGGCGAUGGUCAUGCUCAUCAUUUAUGCAAAAUACAAGUUCACAGACGAUGAUGAAGAUAUGUAGUGCUGAUGUCGUUAAGAUCAACAUGUGACUGGAAGAUUAGGUCACUUCACCCACAGGACAGAGAAUUUGAAGUCCUUCCUCAUCCCUCAGACCUUCCUGUCUGGGAGAGCUUGGUUUGAUGCUUCUGCUUGACACACAACACUCUACAGUGUUCCCUCACCUGGCACAGGUGUGUUUCAAAUUGUGUUCCAAACUGCAGCCUGUCUCUGGAGUGCGAACAUGCUGUGAACAAGAAAAACAAAAUCAGGAAGCCAUAACAGAAACUUUACUAAAUGUUUCUGUUACGGAAACAAAUGUCAUGGAAUUAAGAGUGUAGCCAAAGAAUUCUGCUAUUUACAAGGAGAAAUACUGAUCCACAAAGCUCAUAUCUCCAGGGUGAUGCCAUAGACGUCCUUCCUUCAGGUUAAUAGCAAAUCACGCUAGUUAGCUAACAAGUUGUUCUGAAAUAACAGAAUUCUAAAACAGUCACUACUAAAGUAAUAAUAACUAAAUGCUAAUUUUGCAUGAAUCAUUUCUCUUUUCUUAAUUAUGUUUAAAAAGACGACCUUGGCUAUCCUGGGAUCUCUUUAGAGGAAUGAUUUUUAUGUUUCUGUUCAUAUUUAUCAGAAUCUGCUUUUUCUGCAAGAACUUUCAAGCACUGUUAGUGCAGUUACACUGUUGAUGUCAAGACACGGUUGUCUCGGGGUAUUUAAAUGCAGGAGGACAAGUCAUGUAUUUUUGUACAUUUGUGAAGUGUGUUUGUUGUUUAUGGAUAUGUAUGCUGAUGAUUAAAGUUCGGUCUGUUUAAAGCAGAUCUGGAGUUCAAAAUCCACAUUUGUUUGUUUGUUUUUAAGUUGAUACGUCCCUUCCCUUAAUGAGCCGUGUGUACUGUGACUGCUAUGACAGGAUUAUCAGAAUGUAUGUAUGUAUUAGGACUACAGUUUGGAGUGGUUA